AUGGCUGGCAACACAAAAGAUGUCCGUCCGGACCCAACUUCAGAUCUACGGUGGUCCGACUACCGCGGCGCAAUCCAUGAGAUAUUCGCCGCCAACGCAUUGAAACAUCCAGAUCGAUCAUGCGUCGUGGAGACCGCAUCAUCAACUUCUCCCGAGCGGAAAUUCACCUACAAGACCAUCAACGAGUCCUCCAACAUCCUCGCACAUCACCUCGUGAUCAAUGGCGUACAGCGGGGAGAAGUGGUUAUGGUCUACGCACAUCGUGGCGUGGAUCUUGUCGUGGCGGUCAUGGGAGUGCUCAAGGCGGGAGCAACUUUCAGUGUGAUUGAUCCUGCGUAUCCCCCUGACAGGCAGAUUACCUACCUGGAAGUCGCGCAGCCGAGAGCGUUGGUCAACAUCGAGAAGGCUACGAUAGACGCCGGACAAUUGGGUCCGACCGUGCGAGAGUACAUCAGCAACCAUUUACAACUUCGCACAGAGGUACCGGCUUUGAAGUUGCAAGAUGAUGGAACUAUUGUGGGAGGAUCAGUGGCAGGCGGAUCAGAUGUUCUUCAAGAUCAGAUCCCAAAGAAGGCAGAUCUUCCUGGCGUCCCAGUGGGGCCUGACAGCACUCCAACGCUGUCUUUCACAUCUGGCUCAGAAGGUCGACCAAAGGGUGUCAAAGGACGGCACUUCUCGCUCGCUUACUAUUUUCCCUGGAUGGCCGAAAGAUUCAAUCUGACUGAAAACGAGCGAUUCUCGAUGUUGAGUGGAAUCGCACAUGACCCGAUCCAAAGGGACAUCUUCACACCUCUCUUCCUGGGUGCCAGUCUUAUUGUGCCACCAGCAGAGGACAUCACCUUCGACCGACUAGCAAAUUGGGCCAGCGUCAACGCCAUCUCGGUCACUCAUCUCACACCAGCCAUGGGUCAGAUUCUCCUAGGAAGUACAGAGCCCAAGAUCGAGACCCUACGGAAUGCCUUCUUCGUCGGAGACGUGCUGCUCAAACGCGAUUGCCGACGACUGCAACAACUUGCGCCGAACUGCAGAAUCAAGAACAUGUACGGCACUACGGAAACGCAAAGAGCCGUCAGCUUCUACGAGAUCCCAGCUCUCAACGAGGAUGCUGGCUAUCUCGAGAAGAUGGGCGACGUCAUCCCAGCUGGAACUGGAAUGUUGAACGUCCAACUUUUGGUCGUCGAUCGUGAGAAGAAGGAGCGACAAUGUGAGGUUGGCGAGAUUGGUGAGAUUUAUGUCCGUGCUGGUGGUCUUGCUGAGGAGUAUCUUGGAGAUCCUGCGAAAAAUGCCGAGAAGUUCGUGGCCAACUGGUUUGUGGAUCCGCAACGCUGGGCUACUGAAGACAAGCAGCGAGUCGCUGAAGGUGGAGAAGCUGAGCCGUGGAGAGAAUGCUACUUUGGCCCUCGAGACCGCAUGUACCGUUCUGGAGAUCUGGGUCGUUACAUGCCCGAUGGCAACGUCGAAUGUGUUGGCCGAGCAGACGAUCAAGUCAAGAUUCGUGGGUUCAGAAUCGAGCUGGGCGAGAUUGACACGCACCUCAGUCAACACCCUUUGAUCCGUGAGAAUGUUACCUUGGUCAAGCGCGACCACAACGAAGAGCAGAUCCUCGUUUCAUACUACGUGCCCGAUAUGCAGAAGUGGAGAGAGUGGUACUCUGAGAAUGUGGAUCAGAAACAGCAACAGACCGGUGCAGGAGGUAUUCGACGAAGAGUAUCAGCACAAGAAACGAUGGGAGUGGCGGAGCGGAUGAAGAUCUUUGAGCUGUUGACAUUAAAUGCUCGUCAACGGCUGAAGGAGAAGCUCCCUACCUACGCAGUGCCGACGCUUUUCAUCCCCAUGCUACGACUACCUCUCACACCCAAUGGAAAGGUCGACAAGAGAGCACUGCCGUUUCCGGAGCAAGCCGACAUUCUAGGAGCCUCAUCCAAAGCUGACGACAUCGACGCCCGAACCGAGACAGAAUCCGCGUUGGCCGAGAUCUGGGCAACUCAUCUCAAGACUCGCAAUCAGACCUCGGACACUCUGCCCAGAGACACCAGCUUUUACGAUCUUGGCGGAGACAGCAUCAUGACCGUGCAGAUCGUCCCCAAGAUCAACCGUCGCUGGCAAGGCGCAAAUAUACCCAUGUCCGUCAUGGCAGGUGGCCAGCCAACACUGAAAAGUGUCGCACGCUACAUCGACCGCUCGCUCAACCCAGUGGAUCUACGCAUGGACGCAGGGGACGACCAUGAUGAGCAGCAGACCGAGCACUACUCGAACGAUCUUCCCACUCAGAUCGCAGCACUCCCACCUACCAUCGCCAGCAGCCCAAUGCGUAGCUCCAAGGACGGCAUCAACAUACUUUUGACCGGAGCCACUGGUUUCCUAGGAGCCUACAUCCUGCACGAUGCCUUCAUGCGCAAAACCCCCAAUCACGUCUACGCCCACGUCCGCGCCUCAUCCGUCGAAGCUGGGACCGAACGCAUCCGUCAAACCUGCACCGCCUACGGUCUCUGGCACGACUGGUGGCUGACGGAAGGUAACCUCGAAAUCAUCAUCGGCGACCUCGAGAGACCCCAGCUCGGCAUGUCCCCCUCCGACUACACUCGCGUCUCUAACAAAGCAGAUCUGAUCAUCCAUAAUGGCGCUCGCGUGCACUGGCUACACCCCUACUCCACCCUCAAAGCCGCCAACGUGCUCUCCUCCCUCGAAUGUAUCCGGCUCUGCGCGACUGGCAAGUCCAAACGUCUAGCCUUCAUCUCAUCCACCUCCGCCCUCGACACAGAACACUUCGUCAAGCAAUCAGAUGCCGGUACUCCCGUCUCCGAAUCCGACACCCUUGCCACUUCCGCUCAGGGUCUAGGAACGGGCUACGGCCAAACAAAAUGGGUCUCCGAAUGCCUCAUCCGCGAAGCCUGCCAUCGCGGACUCAACGCCGUCAUCAUCCGCUCGGGAUACGUCAUGGGCCAUUCCCAGUCGGGCGUCAGCAAUACCGACGACUUCCUCGUGCGGAUGCUCAAAGGCUGCAUUCAGGUCCGCGCAAGGCCGGAUGUGAGCAACACUAUCAACAUGGUGCCCGUCGAUCGCGUCGCACGACUGGUCAACGCCGUCGCUUUCAAUGCCGAGUCAGGCAGUCUCGCGCACGUCGACGCUCGGCCGCGGUUGACGUUCAACGAGUACCUUGGACUGCUCGAGGACUUCGGCUAUACAGUUCCACUCGUCCCCUAUGCGGAGUGGAAAGCUAAGGUGGAGACCUACGUCGAGACGAUACCACAAACCGGGACAGACGAACUGGCGCUUCUCGGGCUGUACCACAUGGUCACGGGCGACUUGCCCUCCGCGACGAAGGCACCGAACUUGGACGAUGCGAAUGCGCAGAGUGCGUUGAAGGCUGAUGAGGCGGAGGCCGAGAAGGGCACGCCGAGUGCGGUGGAUGGGGAGAGUGUAGGCAAGUAUCUGGCGUUCUUGGCGAGGCGAGGCUUCAUGCCGCUGCCGGAGGAGGAGGGAAGGAGGAAGUUGCCGGAGCUGGUAUUGGGCAAGGAGCAGGUCGAGGCGUUGGAUCGGGUUGGUGGAAGGGGUGGUGGGAAGUCGUAG